GCUGAAUAAUAUCAGACGAAAGCUGCGUCUCGCGCUGUGUUCGAUGUAAACGCUACGCUUCGUGUCCUAAAUGGCGUCGGAAUCGACGAAGCUGGAGCAACUGAAGGCCAUACUGGCAAAAGCAAAAAGAUCCGCUGCAAGUGGCGUUAACUCGCCUAAUCAAUACACCACAAAUGCCAACGAUAUCAUCGGUUCGUCGUCGCCGGUAUCGCCGGUGAGAAAGACCGGCAGCAUACAAAGCUGUCAACCGAUAGAAUCCAGGCUGCCACCAACAGACGGUGCAGGUGAACACGACCAGUCGCCGCAGCAAGCGACCAUGCACCAACUCUCGAACACCGAGCAGGUUGGGCUCAGCAAGCUCGACCGGCUCAAAGCCGUGCUCGAGGAAAGCAGGAGGAAGAAGGCGGCUAGCCCACAAAACGUACCGCCACCUCUGAUGCCGGCUUCCUGCAAAGAGGCACUGCCAAACUGCAUCAGACCAGUGGCCAGCAACAAGUGUCAUGAAAAGGACUCGGUUCAAAGUGUAGCAGUCCAAACUACAUCACCAGAACAGACGUCGGAGAAAGCGAGGCGGCUAAAGGAAUUGCUUGAAAGACAAGCCCGAAAGAAAGCAACCAUGCAUUUGCUGAGCUCGCCAACACCCCCAGUUCUGAACCAGGUUUCCAAGCAUGGUGAAAAGGGCGCUGAAAACUCGUCGGGGGCCAUCCCAUCCUCCGUGCUCCACUCACAGAAGGACAGCGAGACCAGCACUGGUCAGUUUCCAUGCUCAAGGCUUCCAAUCGGCAUGCGAGUUGCGGUUGUCUUCCUCAGGCUGGGAGAGGAACAGAAGGUAAUCUACCUGCAAGAGGUGUCGGCUCUACGGGACCUUAUCAAAAUGGUGAAGUGUCUCAGCGCUGUGGCCUCCAAGGAGAGCCAACAUAUCGAGGAGCCCGUUCCAGGUGCCCUUGUUGCUGUUCUGCAUGGCAAGGACUCGACGUGGUACCGUGGACAAAUUGGCUCCGUUCACUGCGACGAAAAGGAUGCAGCAAGUGGCAAUGGGUCAAUAAAGAAGGUGCGGGUGUGGUUCAUUGACUACGGGCGCUGGGACGACGCACCUGUGAACUGCCUGCGCCCUCUGCCAGACACUUUCGAGCGGCUUCCCGGUUUUGCAAUUCCGGUCACCCUGCACGGUCUGCACAAGGUCCGGCUACCCAAGGACGUCGCGUUCGAGGGGAGUUUUCUCGACGCCGAGGUGGUGACCAAUAGCGAACAGCAGUCGGUCCGACUCUACAUCCGCAACGACGACCUUUGUCUGAACGACACGCUUGCCGUAUACGCAGAGUCCACCAGUGAGCCGUCUGCGGCAUGACAGCCAUGUUUGAGAUCCGCUUAGAAACUGUCUAAGCACUGCAACUCCACCUUCAGAAUUGUGCUUAGGAGAGGAAAAUGCAGUACUGUGAAGAGUCGCAAUGCAGUGUAAAUUAUUUUCUAUGGAUGCCUGAAAGGUGGUUGAGUGAGUUUCAGUGUAUAUUGCAUUAACAUGGCUUCUCCCUUUUACUUGCAAUGGCGAAUUUUAUACUUUAUGGUUUCAUUGGUUUGUAGAUCUUUUUGCGUAAAGUCUCUUUUCUGUCAAGUGCCUCCCAGAUGUCUAAGCAUAAUGUAUGUUGCGAUAAUCGGCGUUUGCAUUCGCUCGUGUCAGCUUGUCUCGAGCCUAUAUUUUGUCAUGUGUCUAAUCACAAAAAAUGAAAAGGGGAGAGGGGAAUUUGCAGAGAUAUGCACCAAAACCUCGGAGGCAACAGCCAUCAUUCGCUGAGUGCAUCGUUCACCACAGCAGAUGCAAAGACUCGCAGUAUGACUUUUACCUUGUGAAAUCACGCUUAGCAAACUG